AUGACUCACACCGGAACUUCAACUUCAACUUCCAAUGACCGUUUCCAUGAACUGAAAGCCUUCGACGAAUCCUGCCGAAUACCUCCACCACCACCAAGGACAAGACAAGUAUCCCUUUGGUGUCAAAGUGCACCCUCUCGGCACUUACCCAGGCCGAACACCUUCUCGGCCUUAAAGAAGGCCGAACACCCUUUCGGAACAAGGGUCUCGUCGACGCCGGCGUCACCAAAGUGCCACGGAUUUUCAUCAUGCCGUCUCGUCGACGCCGGCGUCACCAAAGUGCCACGGAUUUUCAUCAUGCCGCCCGAAGAUCUCGCCGUCAGCAACCCAGUUCCCGGCGAUCGGAGCAAUACCCAGUUCAGGAUUCCUGUCAUUGACCUCAAAGAUGCCGCCGGCGACCGCUCCGGCGUGGUCGCCGGGAUCCGGGAGGUGGCGGAGACGGUGGGGUUUUUCCAGGUGGUGAACCACGGAGUGCCUGUGAAGGUGUUGGAGGACAUGGUGGCGGCGGCGCGUGAGUUCCAGGCGCUUCCAGAAGAGGUGAAGGGUGAGUAUUAUACUAGGGAGAAGAAGAAGAAGGUGAAUUAUUGGACUAACUUUGAUUUGUAUCAGUCUAAGUAUGCUAAUUGGAGGGACACUCUCAAUUGUACCAUGGCACCUGAACCUCUUGAUCCUCAAGAGCUGCCUCCUAUUUGUAGGGAUGUAAUAAUGGAAUUCUCAAGGCAAGGUCAAAUAUUGGGGAACCUUUUAUUUGAAUUAUUAUCUGAAGCCCUUGGACUCAAGCAUGACCAUCUUAAAGACAUGGAUUGUGCAAAGGGACACUUAAUUUUCUGUCACUACUAUCCAUCAUGUCCUGAGCCUGAACUGACUAUGGGCUCCCGUAGCCACACAGAUCCUGAUUUCCUCACAAUCUUGCUUCAAGACCAUAUUGGUGGACUUCAAGUUUUGGUCCAAAAUCAAUGGAUUGAUGUGCCCCCUAUUCCUGGAGCACUAGUUGUAAACAUUGGAGAUCUGCUGCAGCUUAUUUCCAAUGACAAAUUCAAAAGCGUGGAGCACCGUGUACUGGUGAACCAAAGAGAGGCCAGAGUUUCAAUUGCAUUGUUCUUCACUCAUGAUCAUUGCCCAUCAACAAGAAUGUAUGGCCCCAUAAAGGAAUUAUUGUCAGAAGAAAAUCCUCCAGUGUACAGGGAAACAUUAUUGCAGGAUUUUAAUGCUCACUUUUAUAACAAGGGACUCGAUGGAAAUCCAGCUCUUACCCAUUUUAAAUUAUCAACAUAA